ACUAUCAUUAGUCACCAAAUUUGAACCCACAAAAGGAUAUUGAGACUAAAAAUAUGGAAGGAACUCAAGGAGGGAGGAAAGAAGUAAAAUAUCGAGGCAUUCGCAGGCGGCCAUGGGGAAAAUAUGCAGCUGAAAUACGCGAUCCGAAAAGAAAUGGCGCGCGGUUGUGGUUAGGUACGUUCGACACAUCGGAAGAGGCUGCAAGGGCUUAUGAUAGAGCUGCGUAUGCUUUGAGGGGUCAUCAAGCAAUUCUUAACUUUCCAAAUGAUGACCUAUAUAGAAAUGCGGGCCUGCCUCCAUCUAUUAGUUAUUCAUCUUCGUCUUCGUCUUCGUCUUCGUCUUCGUCUUCUUCAAUUCCUGCUCGUGAUAAAGGGCAGGAAGAACAGGUAAUCGAGUUCGAGUGUUUGGAUAAUAAGCUGUUGGAGGAUCUUCUUGAGUGGCACAAGUGAAGAGAAAAACAUAGUAAAUUUGAGAUUUUUCCUUGUUCUAAAUUUUUCCUUUCAAAGUUUGUGCAGAAAACCCUUUUUUAUUUUGGAUAUGCUUGUAUUUCUUGCUCUUCUCUGAAAUCAUCAAGUGAAGAGUAGAAUAAGGGCACCAAUUUAAAAAUUACGUAGCUAGUUUCUUGGGCACAGGAAGGUUGAACUUUCCAAAUUACAUAAUUAUCUGCCUGAAUAUUCAGGUUGAUCCGAUAUAAUUUGGGUUUGUUUGUACUAUUAUUGAGAACAUUAUUGUUAAAUCCAAUGCUUUUAUAGAAAUUACAUCAUUGCUAGAUCA